CUUACACCACAAUCUCGUAGAGAGCGGUUGCUUCUCGGCACUUGCAUGAAUCCCAUAGCGUGCUCAAUUCAGCCUAUGGUACGCUGAGCCGGGUAAAUUUGCGCCAACAAAUGACUAUGUCCCCCGCCUGUUCUAUUGGACAGAAUGUCACUGUAACCAAAAAUUCCCAAUCAUGACCUCAAGUCCAUGAACUCUCUAUGCACAGUCUCUUGUCGUCACUUUCUGUUGGCGACUAUAACUCUCUCUGCUCAACUUUGACCUUGCCUCGCUUGCACCGCGUUUGGCCGCUGCAGCCGUCGCAAUCAUGUCGUCAGAGUCCGGCUUCUCUUUCCUCCCGCAGGGUGCAAUCAUCCAGGAGUUCAAAGUAGCCGGUCAUAACAUCGUGCUUGGGUAUCCCAACCCCGAGCCAUAUGCCGAUUCGCCUUUCUUCGGGGAGACGAUUGGCCGCGUUGCCAACCGCAUCGAGAACGCCGAGUUUACUCUGAAUGGAAAGACGUAUAAGCUAGCGGCAAAUGAAGGUCCUACACAUAUUCAUGGAGGUAUCAAGGGAUGGGGUAAGAAGCAGUUCAAGGGCCCUCAGCCCGUCAAUCGCGACGGAAAGGAAGCAGUCCUCUUCACGUAUCUGUCGCCGGACGGGGAGGAAGGAUAUCCCGGCACGGUAGAGCUGAAAGUCUGGUAUAUAGCUUGGACGGAGGACGAAGGCGGAGUGACCAAGACCGUGCUUGAAACAGAGUAUGAGGCGGAAUUGGUUGGGAACGAGUGUGACGAGACGGUCGUCAACAUCACAAACCACGGCUACUUCAACCUGAGUGACGGACCCACGAUCGAAGGAUCGGUGGUUACCCUUCACACUUCGAAGUACCUGGUAGUGGAUAGCGCUCUGAUCCCGACCGGGGCGAUUGAAGAUUUCCCUGGUGUUGAAGCAAAUAAACCUUUCGUCCUAGGUGAGACAGAGCCGGACAUUGACCAUUGCUUUGUGGUCGACACGGACACAUCAGAACUUCCCCUUGAUACUCGCCGACGACAGCUCAAGCCGUUGAUCAGUGUAUCACACCCCCAAACCAAGCUACAUCUGGACGUCUUCAGCACGGAACCUUGCUUUCAGUUCUACACGGGGAAACACAUCAAAGCCGCGGCAACAGAGCACACCCCAGCACGAGGUGCACGAGCAGGGUUCUGCGUUGAGGCAAGCCGCUUCAUCAACGCGAUCAACGUGCCCGAAUGGAGAAACCAAGUGAUACUCAAGCGCGGCCAGAUCUGGGGCGCAAAGACUGUGCACAAGGCUUGGAAGGCGUAGGAUAAUAUCAGGCCGCCCAGGCGACGUACCGAGUACACAAGGCUGAACAAGGCUCGCCUUGCACCCACCGUGUCCCUCGGUGAGUUUUUCUAAUCAUAGAAGGUGUGGGAUCACGUGUGGGCGUGAUGACGGGGGAGGGCGUAUACAGACAGCUCGAGAAUCUGACUCGGUGAGCACUUGCGAACGAGGCAGGAUAAGCGAUAGAAUAUUCAAUCUCGGCCUGACAAAUGCAGCUCAUACGAUGACGGCAUAAAAACGACCAUGGCCAAACAACAAUGCGG